AUGCCAUCUAUUGACACUUCCUUCCAAAACAACCACACGUGUCUCCGGAUCAAGGACCCUAAGGUGUCCGUUCCGUUCUACGAGGAACACUUUGGGAUGACGUUGAUCAAAAAGGUCGACUUCCCUGAAAAGAAGUUCUCGUUGUACAUGAUGUGUAUUGAUGCCGACGAAUCUACCAACUGGGCAGCUAAGACCGGGGUAUUAGAGUUGUGUCACAACCACGGGUCUGAGUCUGAUGACAGCUUCAAGAUCAACAGCGGUAAUGGUGAAACGUUGAGAGGGUUCGGCCACAUCUGCUUCUCUGUGGACAACCUCGAGGUGUACUGCAAGAAGUUGGAAGCCAAGGGUGUAAAGUUCCAGAAGAAGGUCAGUGAUGGGAGACAGAAGAAUAUUGCGUUUGCGUUGGACCCUAACGGCUACUGGGUGGAGUUGAUCGAGCAUGGUUUUGCUAAGGUUGAGGGAAAGUCCGAGGUCAGCUCCGCCGUCUUUAACCACACAAUGGUGAGAGUCAAAGACCCUAAGAAGUCGCUUGACUUCUACACCAAGGUGCUUGGGUUCAAGUUGUUUAGCACCCGUGUCCACGAGGGAGCCAAGUUUACCCUCUACUUCUUGGGCUACGAUCAUGACGAUGCCUACGUGGAGAACACCGAGGAUCACGGGAACCAGGCUCGCCGUAUUUCCGUGCUCGAAUUGACCCACAACUGGGGUACCGAGUCUGAUGACACGUUUGAGGGCUAUCACAACGGUAACUCAGGCGACUACACCGGGUACGGUCAUAUCUGUGUUUCGUGCGAUGACCCUAAAAAGUUCUGUGCCGAGGUUGAGGCCGAGUUUCCAGCGGUUUCCUGGGGCUUGAAGUAUGACCAGGGGUUUAUUAAGAAAAUUGCGUUUAUCAAUGACCCAGAUGGAUACUCUAUCGAGGUCAUUCCAACUACCUUAUUGCAGCAAGCCCCAUGUUGCGCUCACGAGUAA